UUUACAGCUACAGCUACAUAGUCGAUUUAAACUGAAAGUUUUCUUCAUUAACAAAAAGAAACACAAUGGGCUGCGGAGGAAGUAAAGCAUCAACUGCUGCUGUGGCGGCAACCACUGCAGCAAAACAUGCCCCACCACCCCCUACUAAUGGUACGACCGAGAUUACGGCGACGGUAAAGCCAACUUUAAGAGAAGAACCACCAAAAGAUUCUUCGCCUGAACCGAUCAAAAAAACGACCGAAGAAGCUCCCGUGAAAAGUGAAGCAGAAUAUACUGAUGCUAAUGGAACGGAAAGAGAAAGGUCAGCAACCCCAAAGCAGGACGAACCAGCUGCACCCGAACCAGCAGAACCCGUAGCCGAGGUCGAGACCAGAGAAAAAACACCCACACCCGUCAAGGCCCCAACGCCUGGACCAGAGCCCGAAGCAGCUCCUGAACCUGUUCCCGAACCUGAGCCCGAACAAGAAAAAGCUAAAACCCCUACCCCACCUCCACCGGAGCCCGAACCGGUACCCGAAGCCGAGGCCGAACUAACUCAAACAGAAGAAACAGCAGCAGCUGAAAUCGAGACGGCUGAGGUUUCCAACACGGAAUCUAAACCAGAAGUUCCAGCCGAACCGGAGCAAAUCACUGAAGCUGCUGCUGAAGCGGUCCCCGAAGAUUCGCAGACGGAAACCGCAGCGGAAACUACUGCUGAAGAAGCUACUACAGAUGAAGUUACAGAAGAACCUGCAGCCCAAGAAGAGACGAAACCCGACGAAGCGACAGCUAAACCUGCCGAAAUAACAAGCGAUGAAAAACCAGCGGAAGAACAAGCGGCAGAGGAACAAAAGCCAGAAGAACCAGCAGAAGCUCCGGUGGAAUCAAAUGAACCCGAACAGGAAGCAGCAGCACCACCAGCCGAAGAACAAGCCGCGGAAUCUUAAACCAGAACAUACGGGAAUCAUAAUACAGCUUCGACAGAAGUUACUGCAGUUCAACGUUAUUUUUCUCCAUACUGGAUUCUCCAUUUAUUCCUUUUUGAUUUUAGUUUCGUAGUCGGCAUAUUGUUAAAACGUCGAACAGAUAGACUGCGUAUAAUUCUAUAAUUCUUUGUUUUAUAUUCUUUUUCUAUAUUGGCGCGAAAACACUUCGCUAAAAUCUCUUUAUCCGCAUUGUUCCUUUAUAGAUCUUAUAAUACGCAGCAGCGCUUUUAUUUUGCUUAUAUAUCAGUACUGUGAAUGCCGGGCUUUAAAACCAUCUAUAAUCUUUACCAUUGGUCUGAUACGACCGAAUUCACCCAAAUGUUUGGCCAACACAAACACUCUCGCAUUUACAGGUUUAAAAUUCCUUAAAUGCAUACCCAUCAAUAUAGUAGGGUGGGGAAGAUGGAUCACCUUUUAUUCUAUUUUCUCGUCCAAACAUCCUCACGAACCCCAUCUGCCGUUUCUAACUGUUUAAACCACGAUCAGAUCCGCUAAAGGUGUCCCUCCACCCCCCACCAUACUAUAUGGACAGAAAAUAUAUAUUCGAAAUCCCGAAUUUUUCAAGUUCAAGUAAUAUUGCACAGCUUUAACUGUGAUUUUUUUCGUAUUGUUUUUCUCUUCAAUAAUGUAUCUGCGCCCCAACAGAUAUACAUAUGUAUAGUAGGGCGGAGGAAGCUGGGACACAUUUUUAUUCUAUUUUCGCCCUACUAGUAAUAAACAAAGAACAUUUAAAAAUUAUAAACCGGUUUCCUCACGACUCUUAGACCGUUGUUAAUUGUUUUAUAACAUGAUAUUUGAAUAGUAUGUGCUAAAGGUGACCCAUCUUACCUUACAGUACUUUAUUUCGCUUUGACGUACCUGGCCGAUAUCACUUCCGUCCAACCCGGUUAUUUUACCAAAUUUUCUCGCGUUUCAUACCAAAACUUGAAAAUCGCUGUGACUUGCUGUUGGCUGUACAUAUAAACGCUCAUAUUGUACAUACAGGUAUAUACAACCUUAUUAUGUCGUUACUUUUCGCCACUUGGAAAGUUAAUAAAUUCAGAAGAACUUAA